AUGACACUUAUUGCCUCACCAUUCGCCAAAAGAACUCAGCGUGUAAUCUCCCAUCAAAACGAAUCCCAAGUUCAAAUUGUAAAUAUUGGUCCCAAUGAUUUGAUCUAUGUCUGCAAAUCCGAGUUGAGUGAUAUUUCCAUUCAUGCUCAACGUUGCAUGAAAGUCAUUGUCGAAAGUUCAAAACAAUGUCAAUUGAAUUUACAACUUUCAGCAAUAACAACUGGAUUUGUGGAGAUGAUGAACUGUGAACAUGUAAAGAUGAUUCUUUCACCAGAGUGUACAAGCAAAAUCAAAACGAUUCAACUCGACUCGUUGAAAGAAUGUGAAAUCGAAUUUCAUGUGUUGAAAGAUGAGCUUGCAGAACAAGAUGGUCGAGCUUUUUCUGAACUCUUGACUAAUUUUUGUAAUCAUUUACAAAUUGUGUCAAAUAUUGGAUGUGAAAAUGUCAAACUCACAGUCAAGACUGGAGAGAACAUUCUCAUUUCUGAAACGCUCGUGUUUGGAAAUGUUGAAAAUGAUCUACUCGAACAUAAUCGUUCAGCCGUUCAAUUCAAAUCUCGAUUUGAUUUCAUGUCUCAAUCCAAGUACUUGGACGAGAACAACAAGAAUUCUUCCUCUACCCUUGCACUCUGCACUGAUCUCGUAUUGAGAGAAGGCGGAGGUUAUAUUUCAACAUUGAAAGAGAAACAAUUUAAGGAUCGCAUUCAACAAGAAUUCGACCGAAGAAUGGAACAAUUUUUGAAUGAACAAUUGGUUCAGGACGAAUCUCAUCGUAAGAAGAAACAAGAAGCUCAAAAGAAAUCUUCACUAGUUUCACAAAAAUUGAAAGAAAAAGCAUUGCAGAAUGGAACACAGAACUCUUCCUUUUUAGAUCAAAUCAAGAACUUCAAAAAGGAUGCAGAAUUGAAAUCAUCCGAAACCCAUGAAACAUCUCUCAUUGAUAUGGUCGGUAACAUUCCCGUGGAUUUUGGAAAAAACCGAUCCAAAACGAAUGAAGCUCCUCAAAACGAUCUUGGCUCCAUUACUGGUCUUCAACAAGAUGUGACCGAAUAUCAAGACGAUGAAGAAACCAUUCGAGAGAAGGCCAAACAAGUCGCCUCACUCAUUCGUAACUCGAAACAUUGUUGUGUCUAUACGGGAGCUGGAAUUUCAACUUCGAGUAAAAUUCCUGAUUAUCGUGGACCUAAAGGAGUGUGGACCUUGAGAUCAGCAGGUAAAGGACAUGAAAUUGCGAAAUUAGAUAUAGAACAAGCAUUGCCAACAUUUGCACACUAUGCCUUGACUCAUUUAGUGAAAAAGAAGAUGGUGAAAUUUAUUGUUUCAACCAAUGUCGAUGGUCUUCAUCGACGAAGUGGUCUCACUGCUUCAGAAAUGAGUGAAUUGCAUGGAAAUUGUUAUCGAGAAGUGUGUGAAAAAUGUUCCAAAGAAUAUUUGAGAGGUUUUGAUGUCAUGAAAACAGUGAAAUUCUUUCAAAAUCACAAAACUGGAAGAUUUUGUGAAGAGUGUGGAGGUUGUUUGAAAGACACGAUUAUUCAUUUCGGUGAAAAUUUACCAACCUCAGAAUUGCAAUCUGCUUUACAUCAUUCUCAAGAAGCUGACUUUACUUUGGUGUUGGGAACAUCCAUGAUGGUUCAACCAGCCUGUCACUUGCCACUCAUGACGUUGGACAAUUCAGGUGUGAUGAGUAUUGUAAAUUUACAAAAAACACAAUUUGACCACUUGUCCAAAGUGAGAGUUUUUGCCAAGACCGAUGAAUUUAUGAAAAUGGUAAUGGAAGAAUUAGGAGAGUUGGAGCAUGUAGAUACUUCAUUCGAUGCUGUUUCUCAAUGGUAA